AAGUGCACCAUGCAGUAGCUCAGCCUGCCAUGGGCAUGCUUCAUCUGUGCUUUCUGCUUCCAGAAAGUUGAAUUCACUAAGUUGACUUCAUGAUUCAUCAGUGGUUUGGGACUCAGUUUGGAAAACAAGGCCUUAUAGGAUUGAAAACCACUUGGUGAAUUUUUGGAUGAAGCCAUUAAAUUAAUUGCUUGCCAUCAUGAGCAGAAGCAAGCGUGACAACAAUUUUUAUAGUGUAGAGAUUGGAGAUUCUACAUUCACAGUCCUGAAACGAUACCAGAAUUUAAAACCUAUAGGUUCAGGAGCUCAAGGAAUAGUAUGUGCAGCUUAUGAUGCUAUUCUGGAAAGAAAUGUUGCAAUCAAGAAACUGAGCCGGCCAUUUCAAAAUCAAACUCAUGCCAAGCGGGCCUAUAGAGAGCUAGUUCUUAUGAAAUGUGUUAAUCACAAAAAUAUAAUUGGCCUUUUGAAUGUUUUCACACCACAGAAAUCCCUUGAAGAAUUUCAAGAUGUUUACAUAGUCAUGGAGCUCAUGGAUGCCAAUCUCUGCCAAGUGAUUCAAAUGGAACUAGAUCAUGAAAGAAUGUCCUACCUUCUCUAUCAGAUGCUGUGUGGAAUCAAGCACCUUCACUCUGCUGGAAUUAUUCAUCGGGACUUAAAGCCCAGUAAUAUAGUAGUAAAAUCAGACUGCACUUUGAAGAUUCUUGACUUCGGACUGGCUAGGACUGCAGGAACAAGUUUUAUGAUGACGCCUUAUGUAGUGACUCGUUACUACCGAGCACCUGAAGUCAUCUUAGGCAUGGGCUACAAGGAAAACGUGGAUUUAUGGUCUGUGGGGUGCAUUAUGGGAGAAAUGGUUUGCCACAAAAUCCUCUUUCCAGGAAGGGACUAUAUUGAUCAGUGGAAUAAAGUUAUUGAACAGCUUGGAACACCAUGUCCUGAAUUCAUGAAGAAAUUGCAACCAACAGUAAGGACUUAUGUUGAAAACAGACCUAAAUAUGCUGGAUAUAGCUUUGAGAAACUCUUCCCUGAUGUGCUUUUCCCAGCUGACUCGGAACACAACAAACUUAAAGCCAGUCAGGCAAGGGAUUUGUUAUCCAAAAUGCUGGUAAUAGAUGCAUCAAAAAGAAUCUCCGUGGAUGAAGCACUACAGCACCCAUACAUCAAUGUCUGGUAUGAUCCCUCCGAAGCAGAAGCUCCACCACCAAAGAUCCCUGACAAGCAGCUAGAUGAAAGGGAACACACUAUAGAAGAGUGGAAAGAAUUGAUAUACAAGGAAGUAAUGGACUUGGAGGAGAGAACCAAGAAUGGAGUUAUCCGGGGGCAGCCUUCUCCUUUAGGUGCAGCAGUGAUCAGUGGCUCUCAACAUCCAUCAUCAUCAUCGUCUGUCAAUGAUGUGUCUUCGAUGUCCACAGAUCCGACUUUGGCCUCGGAUACUGACAGCAGUCUAGAAGCAUCAGCUGGACCUCUGGGCUGCUGUAGAUAACUACUUAGGCCUUGGGGGGUGGGAGGG